GCCUCAAGCCCCGGGAGCCCUACGUUAAUGUCUGAGGGCCGGGAACCAAGCGGCGGCGGGGGCCCAGGCAGCGCUCUGAGGCCGGCCAUGCCACCAGGUGUCUGGCUCCCCCAGGACGGUCUGUGGGGGCCUGGGGCGGGGCGGGCGGCAGGUGCAGACACCAGAGCCGCGCAAGGGGACGGGCCCUCCUGGGACAGUUGUCACCGGCCGGCUCCCUCAAAAUCCCGCGCUGGGGCAGCCGACCUGCGCGGUGCCCUCCGAGACACAGGGGGGCGCUGUCAGGGCGCUGCGGAGAACUUCGCCACGACUCUGACCUAGCUCAGGCCUCCUUCCACGCGGGUCCGCCAUGGUCGCCUCGUUCGCCCUUCGCGGCCUGUGCCGAGCUCGAGCCGCCCUGCGCUGUAACCCCGCAGAGCUGCUGUGGACCCCAAGGCGAGGGCAUCGGCUCACGCCAGCUGACGAUGAGCUGUAUCAGCGGACGCACAUCUCUCUGCUGCAACGCGAGUCCCCGCAAUUCAUGUAUAUCGACAGCUACAGCAACCGCGGCUUCAUGGUCAACGGCAAUCGUGUGUUUGGGCCCUGCGCGCUGCUCCCGCACUCGGUGGUGCAGUGGAACGUAGGAACUCACCAGGACAUCACCGAAGAAAGCUUCUCUCUCUUCUGGUUGCUGGAGCCGAGAAUAGAGAUUGUUGUGGUGGGCACCGGAGACCGAACUGAACGGCUGCAACCCCAGGUGAUGCAAGCCAUGAGGCAGCGGGGCAUCGCCGUGGAAGUGCAGGACACGCCCAAUGCCUGUGCCACUUUCAACUUCCUGUGUCAUGAAGGCCGAGUGACAGGAGCCGCCCUUAUCCCUCCACCUGGAGGGACUGUGCUCACAACUUUGGCACAACCUGCAGAAUGAGCCGCCAGGAACUGACCUAACCUGUCCAGGAGGGCAGUGGCGCUUUUGCAGUGCGCAGGGGUUUCCAGCCCUUUCACUAGCCCCACCCCUUUGGCAUUGUAACACUUGUCUUUCUAGCCAACAAGUUAAUAAUUUAAUCCACAUCUUCCA